AUGGCAUGUCGCACUUGGUUCUGCUUGCUGGCACUGGGACUUGCAGAUGCAUCCAGCGCCUGCGAUAGCAGGGGUGGCCAUUUUAUGCAGGAAGACUGGCCCUUCUGCGUUGAUCUGGUGCCUGGCAUCCUCAUGUGCUACGGAGUCUCCGGAGACUUCCUGAAGCUUGGCCUUUCAGUGUCGCCAGAGUUGAAUGCUGGUUGGAGUGCCCUUGCUUUUGGAUGCAACGGUGGCAUGAAGGGUGCCCAGCAGUUCGUGGUCCGCAAGGUAGAGGGGCGUUUCAUAGCAGAAGAGCGCUACGCGGAGACUUUCGCAACGCCACAGCUGCAGCCCGUCCAGGAGGUCCAGCUCAUCUUCGCCAGCGAGCAGUCGGGGCACAUUGAGUGGGGAACCCUGUUGCCACGGAAGUCCUGUGCUGAAGGGGAAAGGUAUGCCAUUGAGGAUGUCGUUGUCAUGCAGUGGGCCAUCGCAAAAGUAGCGAUCCUUCGAAUUCGUGGCAUUGAGCAAAAUGUUGGGCAUCUUGACUGUGAGCAUUUUGCCACUGUGCAGACUCAAAUCGGGGACCUUGGGCGCGGAGAGCAGAUUCACCGAAAAACUGCCUUUGCGAGUGUGAAAGAAAAAGUCGUGGCCUGCCCCGGGGUCUUUGAUCUGAAGCAGCUUGCCCCAGCUGGUCUGGACAUGGACGUUAAGAACCAUGUCGCUGCAGUCUUUCGUGAAGAAGACUCCAGCUCCUUGCCCUACACGGUGCACCACGUAAUUCUCCUUUGGUGUGAAGAAGGCCUUCACGCCCACCUAGAAAUAAUGGAGCAACUCAUGAUGCCUCCCGGCUGCACGAUAUGGGCUGGGCUUGGGCCUGGUGGCCGGGGCUGGCAGACGCACACUGGCCCGUACUCAACAUGGCGGCUUCGGGACAGCAGUGGCUUGAGCUUCCUCCUGGCUGACCGCCUCCGUCCUCAUGAUGCCGGGCUUCUCACUGUGAUCGGCGCCGGGCCUUGGUCGGGGUCGCUUGGCCUCCCCGACCUGCCGCCGGGACGGGCGCACUACACCGCGCCACAGGUUUUGGCGCCGUCUUCCUGCACCAGGGAGUGGAAUGCGGAGGAGCUGACCGUGUUUUCCGUUUAUCACCAUGCACACUCGCUCAGCAUAAACAUGUCGUUGGAAGUGGUCCGAGGUUCUCAGAAAGUUGGCAGCGUCAGGCAGGAGAACCGCUUUGACUUCGACAGCCAGGCCUUUGAGAUGACUUCUGGGUCUAUGAAGCUGCGAAGAGGGGAUGAGCUCUUGCUCACCUGCAAUGAAAAAAACAUGAGCAGAACCUCCCCCACCAAAUGGGGGGAUCUCUUUGAUGACGAGAUGUGUGUAAUCAGCAUGACAGUCUAUCCAGCGCAGGUUAUGAGCCAGGUCUGGUUUGCCGAGGAGGGCUUGGUGUGGUGUGAUGGUGCAAGCCACGUGUGGCACAACUACAGCGUCAGCAAGAUCCCGCUUUUGUCGUCUCCGCGUUGCAUUGCUCGCGGCAGCCUCAUUUCCAGCGAAGCAAUCAUUGGACCUGCUUGA